CCUCCAACCAUGAGAUACCAUAGAACACAAACCACACCAAUCAUUCACCAAAGCACACCAUGAAGCAUGCCCUAAACCGCGCCACAGUAUGUCCCGGAGGUCACUAUUCAUACUUGCGGCCACUAUUAUUAUUUUGUAUUUCUCUGUUAUUCUUUUUAUUUUGACGCCGUUGCACGGGUCGCGUAUUGGACUGUAUAUGGAGUCCAAUAGGUUGUAUUCUGCGCUAAGACACAGGUUGUUUAUGUGCCGGGACCUGCGGUGGCGGUCGCCCCCGUAUUCAGACCCUGUGGCCCUGGUGUCGUUCCCGGGAAGUGGAAACACUUGGCUUCGGCAUCUAUUGCAGCAGAGCACAGGGUAUUUAACUGGCUCAGUAUACAAUGAUGUUGGUCUGAGACGGAACGGGUUCCCGGCAGAGAAUGUGACAAAUGGAUCAGUGCUGGUUGUGAAGACACACUACAUGCCGAAUGACAUCAGCAGCUACUACAAGUCGGCCAUAUUGCUCAUUAGAAACCCUAGAGAUGCUAUUUUGGCUGAAUUCAACAGGAGAUUGCAGGGUCACAUAGGCACUGUUCCAAAGUCUGCAUUCAAAACUACUUAUGGUGCUGGGAAAAUAAGCUGGCGCACAUUCGUUCUCGACCAGGCAGCGGAGUGGGGCAACUUCCACGUGCGCUGGCUCACGCAGUACCCCCGUCCUGUCCACGUGGUGCUGUACGACGAGCUGGUUGAUGAUACCAGGAGCACGCUGGCUGGGGUGCUGGCGUUCCUGAAUGAGACUGUUUCGGAGCUGGUUGAUGACACCAGGACCACGCUGGCCGGGGUGCUGGCGUUCCUCAAUGAGACUGUUUCGGAAGUGAGCGCUGUUAGAAUAGCUAGAGGCGCGUCCACGUGGUGUUGUACGACGAGCUCACAGCUGGCGUUCCUGAAUGAGACUGUUUCGGAGUCGGCCAUGGACUGCGCCAUGAGAAACAGAGAGGGCAUAUUCCGACGCAAGAAGAAACUUCAGAACUUCGACCCGUUUACAGAAGAGAUGUACGCUCAACUGAGCAUCGUGCGCGCCGAGGUGAUGAAGCUCGUCAGCAGGUAUAAGGACAAGGACAAUCAUAUCACGUAGGGCCUAGCAUGGGCCGCAAGAUAAGCUGUGACAAAAGUUUGUGUAUUUUCUCUAUGUGGAGUGGCGGCUUAAGAGAGAACUAAAGUAGGUUUUUUUUCCGACCUUCAG